AUAAGACCGUCUUAUGAGGAAGCCCAUAUUUCACGACCAGGUCAUGUCCUAAUACAAGGUCAGGUUGCCGGGGCAACAACACGACCUCAGAUUGACCUUGCUGUCUUCCCAUGGUACGUAGGUCCUUUAGCACGUGAUCAAGCUGGUGAAAGGAUGAAAAAAUUGCCUGAUGGUACAUACUUAGUUAGAGAUAGUGAAAACCCCCAGCGUAAAGGCAAUCCUGCUCUCAGUAUAAAGUUUUCAGGAACAGUUCGACACAUAAAGAUAGAAAAGAAUUCAGAGAAUAUGUAUUAUAUGGCUGACACCAGGUUCUUUCAUUCAUUGCCAGAGUUAAUAGAGUUUUACCAGAGAAGAAUUCAUUAUCAGACAGUUUUCCUGAAGUUCAGACUAAUCUUCUAUAUCCAUAUAAAUCUGUCGCUUCCAAAUCCACAAGGUAAGCUAUCUGGCUGUAUAAAAUCUAUUGCUUACUAUAGUGAAGGUAGGAGUGUCUUUUGGCUUCAAACCACUUGCCUUCACCUUUAUUGGUUUAAUCCCACUAGGAACUUUGCAUUCUUAAAUGUGAGGAAUAAAUCAGGCUAUCUUAAAAACAUCACUGGUUUCUACUCAAGUGCCUGCUUGUGCCUGAAAUAA